AUGGACCUGGCUGAAGGACUAUUCAUUUCUUUACUUCUUCAGCUCAUAAUUUCUCUUAGUCUUUGCUCUUUUUCAUCCACAGACACCAUAAGUUUCAAUGAAUCUCUUGCAGAUGGUCAAGUGUUGGUCUCUAAUGGAGAAAGGUACACUCUUGGUUUCUUCAGCCCCGGAAAGUCAAGCAAUCGUUACCUUGGAAUCUGGUACACCAAAGUCUCAGUUCAGACCGUUGUUUGGGUCGCCAAUAGAGACAACCCGAUCGAUGAUACUUCCGGGCUGCUGUUGAUAGACAGACGAGGCGAUGCAGUUCUGCAACGGGGAAGAAGAAAUAUUAGUUCUGUAUGGUCUACAAAUAUCUCUGCAGGUGGGAGCUCUAUGGCUAAGUUGUUAGAUGAUGGAAACUUUGUUAUACUUCAACAGGAUGCAGAGACAGUUCUAUGGCAGAGCUUUGAUCAUCCCACUGACACCAUCUUCCCAAACAUGAAGUUCGGGUUGGACCGUAAAACAGGACUGAUCAAAUCGGCUCGGUCCUGGAAGGCCCCUGACGAUCCCGCGACAGGGAACUGGUCCUAUUACUUGGACCCAGAUGGGGUGCCCCAGCUGAUGCUCUACCAGGGUCAGACCAGAUGGUGGAGGAGCGGCCCGUGGAAUGGAAAUAAGUGGAGUGGAAUUCCCGAAAUGUCUCGUACUUUCAUCUUCAACACGAGCAUCGUCAACAACGAGAGUGAGUCGAGUGUCGUCUGGGGGAUCCUGGACCCCAACAUCAUAUCGAGGUUGUACCUAGAUCCAACGGGGUUCAUGAAGCGUGCCACGUGGCAUGAUCAGGAUAGUCGGUGGAUCGAGUUCUGGACCGUCCCUAAGGAGCCCUGUGACUACUAUGGACAUUGUGGACCGAAUGGGAAAUGCGAUCCUUAUGAUGCAGGGGUGUUCGAGUGCAACUGCCUUCCGGGAUUCGAACCGAGGUCCCCGAAUGAUUGGUUUUUGAGAGAUGCUUCGGCCGGGUGCAUCAGGAAGCGGUCCGGAAAUAAUUCUAGGUGUGGGGAUGGGCGAUUGACUGUUGGCAUGGAUAUGAACAUGUGCAGGCAAGAGUGUCUAAGAAACUGUUCUUGUACAGCUUAUGCGAGUUCGAAUUUGACGAGUAGAAUUGGGUGCAUAACGCUACACGGGGACUUGAUGGAUACUAGAGUGUUUAGUGAUGGUGGGCAAGACUUAUACGUCCGAGUGGAUGCAAUUGAGUUAGAGUACAUGGAAAGGUCGAAAGGACAUACGAGGAAGAAGGAGCUGUUAGCAAUUGUUUUAAGCUCUAUUGGUGUAGCCUUCAUUCUGGCAAUUUCCACUGUGUAUUGCCUGCGGAACAGGAAACGAAAUGGUAAGCAAAGCUCAAAUUACGAUGCAGAAAAGGAAAAUUCGUAUGAAGAUAAAGACUCCUCUGUACCUAUUUUCGAUGUAAAUGACAUAUACGCUGCCACGGAAAAUUUCUCUAUGGCCAACAAACUUGGACAAGGAGGUUUCGGCUCUGUUUAUAAGGGUUUGUUGUCCAACGGACAAGAAAUAGCCGUGAAAAGAUUAUCUCAAACAUCAAGACAAGGAAUUUUGGAAUUCAAGAAUGAAGUAAAGCUAGUUUCCAAACUCCAACACAAGAAUCUAGCAAGGCUAUUUGGUUGCUGCAUUCAUGAUGACGAAAAGAUGUUGGUCUAUGAGUACUUGCCAAACAGAAGCCUUGACUUCUUCAUCUUUGAUCUUAAAGCUAGCAAUGUCCUGCUAGAUGCUGCAAUGAAUCCAAAAAUCUCAGAUUUCGGGUUGGCUAGAUUAUUUAUGGAAGAUCAAAUGGAAGCAAAUACAAACAGAGUUGUUGGAACAUAUGGAUACAUGUCGCCAGAGUACGCAAUGGAAGGUCUGUAUUCAACGAAAUCUGAUGUCUUCAGUUUCGGAGUGCUAACACUUGAGAUUGUCAGUAGCAAAAGGAGCAACCACUUUUACCAAGAAAGUACACCAGUGACCCUAACUGGGCAUGUGUGGGACUUGUGGAGAGAAGCAAGAGCAUUAGACAUAAUGGAUUCUUCAACAAUGGGAGAAUCAUAUUCCACAGAUCAAGUGACGAGGUGCAUUCAGAUAGGGCUUUUAUGCGUCCAAGAAUUAACUUCGGAUCGGCCAACCAUGUCGAAUGUUGUCUUCAUGCUGAGCAAUGCAACCACUCUGCCAUCACCCAAAAAGCCAGCAUUCGUUCUACUAAGAACAAAAGAUGAAUUCCGCUCUUCAACCGCGGCUGUCGGAUCCACAGAUCCUUCCACCAACCGUGUGUCAGUAACCACCUUGGAAGCUCGAUGGUAGAUGGAAAGCUACACAUUUGAUACAAAAAGUGUUUGUCUAUUUUUACCUGAGAGUAGCUACCCGUUCUAAACUUCUUAGACAACUCUCUACUGCAUCAUGUUAAGAUAUAUGUUACCCACCUUUCAUUCCUGUAAUUAGAGUAGCGCAUAUGGAUUGAAUUCAUGUAUUGGAUUGAAUGGAUUCGUAGAUUCAUGGAUUCGUAGAUUAAUCUUACGAGAGGUAAUUUCUUCUUCUUCCUCAACAAUGACACAUCUCAUUGUACAUUAGAAUGGAAUCUCAUAGCAGUGUCUCUGGGGAUUUAAGUUCAAUGUAUACCAAGUGUACAACAAAUUAGUAAUCUAAAGGUACAUUUGGAAUGGAA